UUGAACUGUGUAAUAUAGACAGUGUAGGCUGUUGGCUCGUGGGUGGCUUUUCACCCACACUCAAUACUUUUCGUCUGUCUUUCUUCUAGUGUUGUUCUUUUUUAUUGAGUGACACCGAACUGUGAAAAAUAUGACUUUCCGCCGUGUAAUGAAGCUGAGUUCAAACGAACCGGACAGCGGAUCCUUGUGUCAUGAGAGUGGAGAUAUCUACUUUCCGUCUUCCAAAUCGGACAGCUGUGGGACUGUGGAUCGUGGACCCUCAAACUCUGAAGUUUAUAAUUAUAAAACCCUCGCUUACUCUGGAGGGACCCUACCGAGGAGCUUUAAAAAGAAUGGUGGGCUGCAGAAAUGGAAGCCCCUCACUCAGUCACCAGAACCGCAAAUGAAAACUGUAAUUCUGGAGAAAAAAGAGGAAGAGGCCUUUGGCUUUGAGAUCCAGACAUACGGGCUGCAUCAUCAGAGUGAGAAAUCGGUGGAGAUGUGCACCUUUGUUUGCAAAGUCUACGAAGACAGUCCUGCCCAGCUCGCAGGCCUUAAAGUUGGGGACACUAUUUCCAGCGUGAACGACAUCCCAGUGGAAGGGUUUCGUCAUAAAGAAAUCGUUCAACUCAUUAAAUCAUCAGGAAACAACAUUAGGUUAGAAACAGUGUAUAGCGACUCUAUAAGAAAAGCGGAAUUGGAAGCCCGACUCCAGUAUCUAAAGCAAACCCUUCAUGAGAAAUGGGAUGAAUACAGAUCUCUAAUGGUACAAGAGCAGAGACUUGUACAUGGCAUCGUCAUGAGUGAUGUGACAGUGUACGAGUCUCUGGAGUCAGCCGGUGUGUAUGGUAGUCUGGGAGCUCCAAGUCCUGCUACCCUACGGGCGUUACUCGGCACCAGCAGCACAAGCAGCAGCAUCAGCCAUCUGAGUGCCGCCACAGCUGAAGAUGACCCGCUCUACCAAACCUGCAUCUUCCGGGGGGAGCGCGCCAACAACAACAGCAACAGUGCCAGCAAUGACGAGCUUGACACAAAUCAAGAGAAGAGUCAGGGGGGUCGUCAACGGCUCAUCCGUCCCGCCAGUGAGCUCUUUGCUUCAGCUAAGACAACGUUGACUCGCAGUGCCAGUACGCGCAGCUAUAUGAGGGACUCCACGUCAUCGUCUUCAGUGCCGAACAAAGAGAAGCAGCAAUGUGGAGGGUUUAGCACACUGCAACGUAAACACAAACAGAAGAGCUUCAGAAGAAAACUGUUGAAGUACAUUCCUGGACUAAACCGACCCCUGGAGGAGGAGGAAAGCAAACUCUGAGAACUGAGAUUCAGAGACUCAUCCAGCCAAACACUUCACAUGUUUAACACAUGUUUAGGUGAAAUGCAUCCAAAACCAUACAAAUAUAAGACCAAAACUGGAGGCCAAGAUAAACCAAAGAAUCAAGUGACAUCAAAGUGAUAUUCGGCAAAAGAUAAAUCAGGUUUUAACUUGAUAAUAGCGUUAUGGCUUUUUCAUGUCCAGAAUCCAGUGACAUUAAAGUGAUUGUCAGUAAAGGAUAAAUUGGGUUUGCAAUUUUUUUACUUUUUUUUAAUUUUUUUUAUGCAAUACACAUUCAACCCUGUCCAUCUUAGAUUCACUGUUCAUUUGCUGGAGUGUUCAGCUCUAGAAAGACUAAAAACGAAACUGAGAGACUUAAAAAAAAAAAAAAAAAGUGUUUUUGGCUUGAAGUAUUUUUUUGUGUCAUUCAGUUCUAACAUCGGUCAGUUCGGUUGUAAUUUUCAGUGUUCCAAUAGUUUCAAAGUCCUUGCGUUUAAAAUCUAAAUACAAAACAAACAAAAUGUGCCCUGAAUUAUUUGGUCAAUGCUAAUAUUUAUGCAUAAUGCUUCAGGUCUGUUUAAAUUGCUGAGAGUAGACAUGGAUGUAUUACUUUUUGUUGCUGGAAUAUUGUUUAAAAUACUAUAGCAAAUAAUAUAACAUCAAACUGUCUGGGGGAACAAAAACAACAAACGUGUCUUAAUAUGUUUGUCCACUCCAUGGAUUUCUACAACUUUAUUUCCUGGUGCACAUUUUCCAUCUUUCUUAAAGCAAGAAGUAAAUGUUUGUAAAUAUGUUUAGUCAUGUUAAGUUAUUUAUUUAAUUUGUUUUCAGUUUUUGUGGAGCUUUUGUUAUUUGUUAAGAUGUACAAAAUAAAGGAUUUUUUUUACUUGAUCAUAUAUAUGUGAAACUAGUAGAUACUUUUGGUCCUGAAGGAUAUUUAAUGAGCGCCUAUUUGGCUGUCUGCAUACGUGACUUCUAUAUUUGGAAAUAUUGAUUGAAAAUAAAAGGAUGUUAUUUCUAUUUCCUCAUAUGUUUUUUGUUCUUUGAAUUUAUACUGCUGCAGUUCAGGUUGUCGGCACAGAAGGGCACUUCACACUAAAUUCCCUGCCAUUGGGACAUAAGUGCUCUUAUUGUGCAAAUUUUAUUUGAUUUCUUUCCAAAAUAUUUUUAUUUGCGCUUACUAUACAGGCAGCUC